AUGGAUUUAAAUGAUGAAAGUUUAACUGAGGAUGAUCUGCUUCAAGAAUCUGGGAGCGAAGACGAAAAUGAAAUUGCUGGUACAGAAGUUAAUAUCGGGACAUUAGACAAUACAGGUGUUAAAGUUGUCGAUGUCAAUGAUGAAGACGUGAAAAUAUCUACUUCAGAUGAUAAUUUUGGUGCAUGUGUUUCAAUUAUAUCUGAUUCUGACGUUCAGGAAGCAGCAAAACACUUGCUACUUUCAAAAGCACCAAAAAUUACUUUAGAGUACCGAGGAAUAACGUAUACUAUGUUCAAGGAGCCGAAUGAUUUUGAGAAUGAGUCGAAAUUAACUAACAACCCUGCCGAUAAAUAUAUCCUGAAGAGUUUCGAUGGAAUGCAUGUCUCAUUUACCCAACUUUUUGAGUCUAUAAGAGGGUUUUUACAGACUAAUUUUGGCACCCUAGAGUUUUUAUCGAAGGAAAUAAUCCUUACUUUUCCAGAUCUGCAACUUACUGUAAAUGAAGAUAAUACAUAUGCUAAAAACAUUACUAUGAAUGACAUUGAGUCAAUUUUCAAAAUACUACGUGACAAUUCACUAAAACGUGGUGAUGAUAAUAUACCGGAUCACCUUCAUGCGGUGGUUACUUUGGGUAAUAGGUUCGUAUCCAAAUAUAAUGAUCUGGUUGAAUUGGUGGAUAAUGAUGCAAGCUUUGCUCACGUCAAUGGUUUUUCGAACGAUCAGCAGCAUCCACUCAUCCUCGAUGGUAAUGAAAGCUAUCCGUCGAAGACUGAGGUAGUAUUGGAGUCUUCUGGUGACGAAGAACUUUUAGAGAUUAAUAAUUAG